UGUCGGUGAUAAAAUGUCGAUUGUGCUAAUGUGAUAAAAGGGUCUCGUUUGAUGUAACAUUCGUUUUAUGGGUGAAAAAAAUCAUUAAGUAAAUUAUUGUCGACCAAUACGGUAGACAUCACUCCGAAAAAUGUUGCUGCUACUAUUAUUAAGUGUAACACUUGCAACCAUAAGUCAAGCGUCAUUCAUCGCAUCACCAAAACAUACUUCUCGUGAUUGGUAUGAGACGGCAAUUUUCUACCAAAUUUAUCCCAGAUCUUUCAAAGAUAGUGACGGUGAUGGAAUAGGUGAUAUAAAAGGUAUCAUUUCCAAAUUGGAGCAUUUAAAAGAACUGGGAGUUGGUGGAACAUGGCUCAGCCCGAUCUUCAAGUCACCGAUGAAAGAUUUUGGUUACGACAUUUCUGAUUUCUAUGGUAUUCAAGAAGAAUACGGUACCAUGGAGGAUGCAGUCCUUUUGUUUCAAAAGGCUAGAGAGCUGGAUAUCAAAAUUAUCCUUGACUUUGUGCCCAAUCAUUCCAGCGACCAGUGCGAAUGGUUUUUGAAGUCUGUGGCAAAUGAUUCUGAGUAUAGAGAUUACUACAUUUGGAAUAAAGGCAUCGAUGAUGGAAGUGGCGUGCCGAAACCACCGAACAAUUGGAAUUCUGUAUUUUACGGACACGCAUGGACAUGGAACGAGCAGAGAGGGGAAUUUUAUUUCCAUCAAUUUGAUAAGGGACAACCGGACUUGAAUUUCCGCAAUCCAAAAGUGGUUGAAGAAAUGAAAAAUGUUUUACGAUUCUGGUUGGAAAAGGGCGCUUCCGGUUUCAGGGUAGACGCAGUUAAUCAUUUAUUUGAGUAUGAAGAUUUACGGGAUGAACCAAUCGACAAUCCCGAAGAUCCAUUGUCUUACGGAUACACACAUAAAUACUACACCAAAGACUUGGACGAAGUGUACGAUAUGAUCUACCAGUGGCGUGAGGUAUUGGACGAAUUCCAAGCUGAAAAUAACGGUGAAACUAGAAUCAUGAUGUCAGAAGCCUAUGCAAAUGAAUCAUUCACAAUGAAAUAUUACGAAUCGGCUGAGGGACGUCAAGGAUCUCAUAUGCCAUUUAAUUUUGUGUUGAUUAAUGAGCUAAACGAAUGGUCGAGUGCGGCUGAUUUCAAGCGUGUCAUUGAUAGCCGGAUUGAUGCUCUUCCAACUGGUAGAAUGACGAACUGGGUCAUCGGUAAUCACGAUCAACCUCGUGUAGGCUCACGGUAUGGAACUGAAAAAAUUGACUCUUUGUUAACGCUUGUAAUGACGUUGCCCGGAAUUGCAGUCACAUAUAAUGGCGAAGAAAUUGGAAUGGUUGAUUUUCGGUACGGAAUAUCUUUCGCGGACACAGUCGAUCCACAGGCAUGUAAUGCAUAUCCGGAAGGACCCAGAGAAGGUUGGGAAUGGGCAUCAAGAGAUCCUGUAAGAACCCCAUUCCAGUGGGAUGCUUCUUCUAACGCCGGCUUUUGUGAGUGCGGAAGCAACAAAACCUGGUUGCCAGUAAACACAAACUACCAAACUUUAAAUUUGGACCGUCAAAAGUCCAGCGAAAAGAGUACAUUCAAAUUCUACAAAGAGUUGUCCGAACUGCGUAAAGAUGACACAAUGAUUGAGGGUGACUACGAAUCAUUUGUCGUGAAUGAAGUUUUGGCGUACACCAGAACUGCCGAAGGUCAUGAUCCUCGACUAGUUUUGAUAAACUUCGGGGAUAAAGAAGAAGUGGUAGAUGUAACGAAAUUAACAGACAUUUUUGGCGCAAGGCUCCGUGUACUUGUCGCUGGUACACAAACAAUUUACAAUAAAGGUGACUAUGUGAACACAAACGAGGUCACCUUACCGAAAUACAACACUAUUGUUGUGGAAAAUUCCGCCGUAAGCGCAACGCUAUCUUUAAGUCUGGCUAUUAUUGCAGUUAUUCGAUAUAUUUAUGUGUAAAUUAUGUAGCAAUGUAGCAACCAAUUACAGAAACUUACAAUAAAUUCAAUUUAAGUUAAAA